UGCAUGCAUGUCGUCAAGGACACCUAGAAUCAGUAGCAGUAAUGUUGGAUUGUUGGCCAGCUGAUGCUGCCUGCCACCACUGAGCUAUGAGUCUAUAUGGGCCAUAUGGCUGACUGCAUGUGGCACACACAGGACUGCUGAAUUGCUGAUGAUGCCGUGCUGUGUGGCAGAUCGAUGCAGGGAGGGAGCAUGCAUGGUGAUGGUGCAGGACAGGCAAAAUCAUUCCUCUCGCCAACAAAAGAAACGGACGGCUAUGAGAAAUCUUGGGACCCGGCUAUACAUAUGGCCACCUCACAUAAAGACUCGAUCGACGAUGCAGGGCAAGACGAGAUCAUCUUGGUUCGCAAGCAAACCAAGAUAGGCCAGGUCGUCUCGUUGGUUGUUGCAUUGGAGGAGCGAGCAGGUGCCAUGGCAGCCGCUGAGAUCAAGAUAGGCCAGGUCGACGACGUCCAGGAGCUGCACCGGACGGGCCUGCAGACGGUGCCGGACCGGUACAUCAGGGACGGCGACGACCGGCCGGACGGCGACAACGUCUGCGCUGUCGCGCACAUCCCGGUGAUCGACGUCGCCGAGCUCCAGCGCGACGACGUCGGGCUUGACAAGCUCAGGCUCGCCUGCGAGGAGUGGGGCUUCUUCCAGGUUGUGAACCAUGGCAUCGCGCACGAGCUGCUGGACGAGAUGGAGAGGCUGGCGAGGGAGUUCUUCAUGCUCCCGCUGGAGGAGAAGGAGAAGUACCCCAUGGCGCCGGGCGGGAUCCAGGGGUACGGCCACGCGUUCGUCUUCUCCGAGGACCAGAAGCUGGACUGGUGCAACAUGCUGGCGCUGGGCGUGGAGCCGGCGUCCAUCCGGCAGCCGAGGCUGUGGCCGACGGCCCCGGCCGGGUUCGGGGAGACCCUGGAGACCUACUCCGCGGAGGUCGGGGAGCUCUGCCGGAGGCUGCUCGCGCGCAUCGCCGAGACGCUGGGCCUGGCGCCGGCCACGUUCGCCGACAUGUUCGGCGAGGCGGUGCAGGCGGUGCGGAUGAACUUCUACCCGCCGUGCCCGCGCCCGGACCUGGUCAUGGGGCUCAGCGCGCACUCGGACGGCAGCGCCGUAACGGUGCUCCAGCAGGACGCGGGCUGCGCCGGCCUGCAGGUGCGCGGCAAGGGCGGCGCCUGGGUACCCGUGCACCCCGUCCCGCACGCCCUCGUCGUCAACAUCGGCGACACCCUAGAGGUUCUGACGAACGGCAGGUACAAGAGCGUGGAGCACCGUGCGGUGGCCAACGGCGAGCAGGACCGGCUGUCGGUGGUGACGUUCUACGCGCCGGCCUACGACGUCGAGCUGGGACCGCUGCCGGAGUUCGUCACCGACGAGGCGCCGUGCCGGUACCGGAGGUUCAACCACGGCGAGUACAGCCGCCACUACGUCACCAGCAGGCUCGAGGGCAAGAAGACGCUCGAGUUCGCCAAGAUUGAUCCGCUGGCCGGAGAGCACGACGGCACAGCUCCCGAGGAAACCUCUACCUAGUACUACUGUCUAGCUGCAUAGAAUACGGUUUGGUCGAUGAAGCACAAGCUGCCUCUCUACCUACCUGGGCUUUGCAAAUUUGCAAAAGGAAACUACUGUGCUACCGAAGCAUGCAGUGCCGUAUCAAUCACCUUUCUUAUCUGAAAACAAGACGUAUUGACGUAUUGUAUACAUUAUUUGCUGUGUGUGUAGUGCAUCAA